AUGUCUUCGUCGAUCAAGCCAAUGUCGGCGCUGGUGUCCGCCCUGCGCAGCGCCGGGCGGCAGCACAUCACCGCGUCCACCGUCGCCGCGAGGGAGCCGGUCACCGGCUCCCACGUCUUCCGGAUCCACGGCUACAAGCAGGUGAGGAAAACGGUCCCCAACGGCACGGCGGUCGAGUCACCCACGUUCGACGUCGGCGGCCACCGCUGGAAAGUACAGUGCUACCCGAACGGCGACCGCAAAGAGGCCGACGGCUCCACGUCCAUCUUCCUUACCAGCCUCGGCGACGCCACGGCAGAGUUCAAGCUUAGCGUGCUCGACCACCACGGGGAGCCCUCGGUGAAUGGAGCCGUGCAGCAGCAACGCUACUCGGCUAAUCGCUACUGGGGCUGGAUAAAGUUCCUCGACAAGGAAAAUCCCAACCAUAGUAAGCAUCUUGAGGAUGAUUGCCUCACUGUCCUUUGCGACGUCACCGUCGACCCCGGGCUGCGCGCGGAAGCCGAGGUGGCGGCGGCGCCGCCGUUCGACCUGCGCGGGCAGCUCGCGGAAGCCCUCUGGAACAAGCACCCAGCGGACGUGACGGUCCACGUCGGCGGCGAAACCUUGGCCGCGCACCGGUGGGUGCUGGAGGCCCGGUCCGCCGUCUUCAAAGCGGACCUCGAGGGCAACGCCACCGGCGAGCUACGUGUCGACGACAUGGACGCGGAGGUGUUCAAGACCCUGCUCCAGUUCAUGUACACGGACAGCCCGCCGCAGCUCGAUACAAUGGCGGAGGCGGACAACCAACUUCCGAACCAGCAACUCGAUCAGGCCGAGGCAACGUCGAAGGCGGAGCGGCUGCUCGUGGCGGCGGACAGGCACGGGCUGGAGGACCUGAAGAUCGCCUGCGCCAAGGCGCUGCGGCCGCGCGUGGACAUGGGCUCUGUGGCCGCCAUGCUGUCGCUGGCUGAGCGGCAUGGCUGCGCCGUGCUCAAGGAGGCGUGCAUGGACUUCCUCUCUUGUCCCGGUAAUCUGAAAUCCUUCAUGGCCACCGAUGGAUUUGAGCAGCUCAGGGCAAGCUGCCCUUCUGCCGCGCUGGAUCUCGUCAUUAAGCAGCUCCCGUGA